GUCUGCCCUCGGCAAAGCAGCGCAGAGCAUCCUUACACCGGUCACAGCUCGGCACCUUCGCUGCUCAUUAUUACUACUUCCUGCUUCCGCGUUCGGCCUCGUCACGUGAUCCACGUCUGACUAGUGGCGUCACUCCUACUGCAAAUAUGGCGGCGCCGAGAAGGAAUCUUCUGCAUAGUGAGCAGCAGAGCUGGACAGAUGAUCUCCCUCUCUGCAACCUUUCUGGAGUUGGAUCUGCUUCCAAUCAGACUUACAACUCUGAGGGCCUUGGGAAGGAGGAGCACCCAUGUGAAGAUAACUGGAUAAAGUUCAGUGGCGACAAUAAUAUUUAUCUUUAUGGAGUGUUCGACGGGUAUGAGGGCACCAGAGCCACCAACUUUGUGGGUCAGCGACUUGCAGCAGAACUCCUUCUGGGUCAGUUGCACCCUGAUGUCACAGACGCAGAGGUCCGCAGAGUAUUGCUACAGGCAUUUGCUGUUGUUGAAAGAAGUUUUCUGGAUUCCAUUGAUGAUUGUUUAGCAGAAAAGACCAGCCUACUUUCCCAGCUUCCAGAGGGUGCUCUCCACCAAACACUUCCAAGCCAGUACCAAAAGAUUGUAGACCGGCUUAACAUACUCGAGAAGGAAAUAUAUGGGGGAGCCAUGGUCAUUGUGGUGCUAAUUGUGAACAGCAAACUUUAUGUUGCAAAUGUUGGAACAAACAGAGCACUUUUGUGUAAAUCAACUGAAGACGGGCUCCAAGUAACUCAGCUCAAUGCCGACCACACUACAGAAAACGAAGAUGAGAUAUUCCGUCUGUCUCAGUUGGGGCUGGACACGACAAAGAUUAAACAGGUGGGGGUUAUUGGAGGCCAGCAAAGCACUCGCAGGAUUGGAGACUACAAGGUUAAGUACAGCUUCAAUGACAUGGAGCUGCUAAGCACAGCCACGACCAAGCCUAUUACUGCAGAGCCAGAGAUUCAUGGCUGCCAGCCAUUGGAUGGUGUCACAGGAUUUCUGGUUCUUAUGUCAGAAGGACUUUACAAGGCUCUGGAGUCAGCCCAUGGGCCUGGACAGGCCAACCAGGAAAUAGCAGCCAUGAUUGCCACUGAAUUUGCCAAGCAGGUUUCUGUGGAUGAAGUGGCACAGGCUGUGGUGGAGAGAGUAAAACGGAUUCAUCAUGAUACUUUUGCAAGUGGUGCCGAACGUGCCAAGUUUUGCACUAAGCACGAAGACAUGACUCUACUUGUGCGGAACCUGGGCUACCCACUAGAGGACAUCAGCCCACCCACCCUUACGCCCACCCAAGGUGGACGUUUAUAUCCAGUGUCUGUCCCGUAUUCCAGUGCUCAUAAUACCAGCAAGACAAGUGUCACAUUGUCAUUGGUGAUGCCGUCACAGGGUCCAGUUGUGAAUGGAACAAACAGCAGCUCAACACUGGAUGGAACAACACCAACAAUGCAGUCUCCAAGUGCUACUCUCCAGUCCACCAACACUCACACUCAAAGCAGCAGUUCCAGUUCUGACGGCGGCCUGUUCCGAUCUCGUCCGUCGCCCUCUUUGCAGCCAGAUGAGGAUGGGCGGGUGGAACCCUACGUUGAUUUCACAGACUUUUACCAGCUUUGGAAUACAGAGAAUAACGACCCUGGAGCUCUGCUUACUGCUCAGUGACACAAACAUUACUAAACUUACCAACAUUUCAAUACAGAACAUCAUGCAGGGACCCUCAACUAUGAAUCAUUGAGCAUCUGACAUCUCUCUUGUCUAGAGACUCCUAGGAACAAAGUGACCCAUUUUGUUCUGAAACACGACUGUCUUGUGGCCAUGGUACUUCAUCAUAGACCAGUGGGACACUGAGGAGCAUUUGAUUCUUGUGCUGGUCUCACCGAAAACCCUGGCCCUGAAAUCUCUGACUGACUGGUCUAUUGGCCUUUUUGACCCCUGUGCCAUAGGAACACGCCUAUACAUUAUAAAGAGAAGCAAUAUGUUCCUAGAAUAUGCCAUUCCUUCAUUUCACUAUAGUGAAAAUGAAAAUUUGAUAUUAGCUUCCACAUACUGAAAUAAGAAACUUUCUAAAUACAAUCGAUUAAUAAUUCUGUGCAAUAUAUAUUGAUCCAAUAUAUCUUAUAGGGGGGCUCCUUUUGCCUAGAUCUAUUAGAGCUCACUCUAUUAAAAUCACCAGACAUCGUGUCUCUCUACAUGCAGGAUUUGUUCAAAAGGCAGUUAUUUUGUUUGUACUGGAAUCAGUUAUUCGAGUGAGCUCUAAUACCUCUGCUAGGAAAGGAAGAUAUAUUGGAUCAUUCAUCUAACACCCAACUCCUGAAAGAAGACCGAAUGAAGAGAAACAGAUGCUGUGAGAGGAAUAGUGAAUAUAAACUUGAUUAUUUCAGAAACAAUGCAGAAUUUUUAAUUGAUUGUAUUUAGAAAGUUUCUUAUUUCAGUAUGCUGAAGCUUAUAUUACAUUUUCAUUUUAGCAAUAGUUCCCCUUUAAGUUUGCAUUUCUAAUUAUGAGUAGACGGUGGUAUUUUGCUGCAUCAGGAAAAGCAUUAUUGAGAGAAUGAAAUGAUGUCACAGUCAGGGCCAGACCUUUUAUUUGUGUAGAAUGACUCCGUUUAGUACUUUCUCAUAUGUAUAAAUCCUAUGCAGAGAAAAAAUAUUCUUUAUGGCAUCCCAUUAAUGAAAUAAAAUAUUUUGACAUUAAAGAGUGGUUUGCAUGAAAACUUUUAAAGAUAUCUCACUCUCACAUAAUGGUGUUCACAAUGAGCGUUGCAGUUCCCCAGGAAUGAUCCUAGCCUUCAAAGGUGUCCAUGGAAUCCUGUACAGCUGUCUUUUACAUGCUAGCUGCUCUUCCUGCUCCGUGUGCUUCAGGCUGCUCUUUAAAAACGAAGUGUAGGGAUUUCAGCAAUUAUCAAUAUGUGACGUUACACCUGUCAAAGCAGGUAAUGUUACAGAGUUAAUGAUUCGUUCAUGUAUAUGCAAUAUCAUUGAUCAUUGCUGUCAUAUAAUGUGAUUCUAGAUUAAAGGGAUUCUGCCAUGA